CUGGCCUCCCCCAGCAGUUAAAGUGCCCGUUGUUGCGUCGCCGCGUCUCCCUACUGAUGCUUCCGCGGUCGGCAUGUGUGCCCGCCCCUCGCCUGUGCUAGGAAACUUCUGCAGCCGGCACUGUGGGGCUUGCUUUCCUUCCCCACAGACGCCUGUCCAGCCCCUGGCUGGCCUGGCCACGCGGACUCGGGCAUCGCGGCUGCAUCCGCAGGCCCACGGGGCCCUUGCGGGGAAAGCCGGUGGCUGCAGGUGCUGAGGUGGCCCAGGCGGUGGGGUGACCGCAGAGGGCUCAGGGGUGGCUGGUUCCUGGUGGAGGGGCCUCUGGCUUUGCGGGUGCUCAGCCCAAGGCUGGGGGGUCUCACUGCCAGCGCGCCCUCCCUCCUGAGGGCUGGGAAGGGGCGGGUCUGCGCUGUCCUCACCAGGGUUCCAUGGAAACCGCAUCCCUGCUUCGGGGGAGGGAGGACGCUUCCCCACACGUGGUGCUGGUUAAAGACCCGGCCCCCGAGAAGAGGGGAAAACGGCGUGCCUGGCCUGGCCUGGUGCAGGGGCCGUGUCCUGGGGGGGUGCGCUCCGCCCCGCAGAGCCCCUUCCCGGGCCCGAGAGAACGGCCGGAGGCUCAGCCGGGCGUUUCCCCGCAGGUGCCGACGGGCCGGAGGGGGUCCGAGCCGCUUGCUGCCGCCGAGGAGGCCGGACGCGGGCGGAGCUGGGCCUCGCAGGCCCUCGGCCCCUGGUCCUCGUGCUGGGGGCCCACGUGGCCGCUGCGCUCGGCCCGAGGGAAGGCCGUGGGCGAGCUGGUGGCCAGGCCCCGGGCGGUGCAUGGGCGGCCGUGGGGCCUCCCCAGCGAGGCCAGGCCCGUCAUGCUGCAGUGCCGGCCGGCCCAGGAGUUCAGCUUCGGCCCCCGGGCCCUGAAGGAUGCGCUGCUGUCUACCGACCCGGCCCUGCGGCAGCUCUACGCGUCCACCUUCUCCCCAGCCGAGAGGCUCUUCCUGGCUGAGGCCUACAACCCCCGCAGGACGUCCUUCCGCACGCUGCUCAUCCGCACGGGCUUCGACUGGCUCCUCAGCCGCCCGGAGGCCCCCGAGGACUUCGAGACCUUCCACGCUGCCCUGGCGCCCCGGAAGCAGAGCCUGGCUCGGAAGCACAUUUACCUGCAGCCCAUAGAUCUGAGCGAGGGGCCGGCAGGCGGCGCGCUUCUGGACCACCUGCGGAGCUGCACAGAGGCCUUCUUCCUGGGCCUGCAGGUCAGGUGCCUGCCAUCGGUGGCGGCCGCGUCCAUCCACUGCUCAUCACGCCCCAGUCAGGACUCUGACAGGCUCCAGCUCCACACAGACGGCAUCCUGUCUUUCCUGAAGAGCAGCAAGCCGGGCGACGCGUUAUGCGUGCUGGGCCUCACGCUGUCUGACCUGUACCCCCGCGAGGCCUGGACCUUCACCUUCGGCACGUUCCUCCCAGGGCACGGUCACGUGCCACGAGCUCUGCCACCUCCUGGGCCUGGGCAACUGCCGCUGGCUCCGCUGCCUCAUGCAGGGCGCCCUCAGCCUGGACGAGGCCCUGCGGCGGCCCCCGGACCUCUGCCCCAUCUGCCUGCGGAAACUGCAGCACGUCCUGGGCUUCAAGCUCGUGGACAGGUACAAGAGGCUGUACACCUGGACGCUAGCGGCGGCGGGGACGCGGCCCGGGCCGGCGGCCGGGGAGCCGUCCGUGUCGGAGGAGACCCUGCCCUGCAGCGCGGACUCGGGCCUGUGCGGCGAGAGCGACUCGGAGCCGGGCAGCGGCCUGUCGGAGCCCCUGUCGCCGGACGCCUGGAGCCACGCCUUCCCCGCGGGCCCGGAGCUGGAGCCCGAGGACGGGCUGGGCUCGCUGGCGGCCGCGGAGAGGCCGGGGGAGGCCCUGGCGGAGCACGGGCGCUGGCUGGCGGCCUGCAUCCAGGCGCUGGAGAGGGACGUGACCGAGGAGGAGCUGGCGCGGGUGGACGGCGCCGUGGACGCCCUGGCCCGCUGGGACCUGUUCACGGGGCGGCUCCCGGCCCCCCGGCAGGACCCGCCCUGCGGCCGCGACGGCGCGGGGCUGCGCCGCGUCCUGGGCGACAAGUUCUCCUCCCUCAGGCGGAAGCUGAGCGCUCGCAAACCGUCCGGGGCCGAGGCGUCCCCGCGGCGCUGGAAGGCGGAGGACAAUUAGCCCGGCCGGGGCGUCUGGUCCAGCGCCUGCCUGUCCCCAGGGCGCUGCGGGCCCGGCAGCGGGCGGAAGGCGAUGCGUCUGCACGUGGACCCCGCAGCCCCGGUCCCAGCCGCAGCCUCGCGACGAGGCCGGGGUGGGGGGCGGGGCCCCAGGCACCCCGAGGGCCGCACCCGACCGCACGGGGCAGGUGCCGGGCAGGUGCCUGUCUCUCCUGCGGCCUGGGGCUCUGCUACGGCGAACUCAGAUUGCAAGGCCCCAACGUGGGUCCUCCGCUCAAAGGGGGGCAAAGGGGGUCUUGUUGCAAUCUACAAGGUCCCCCGCCUCCCCCGACCCCAAGCCCACAGAAAGGGCCCCUUUCUGCGGCGCUAACCGCACUCUGACCCUUGGAACUUGGCGUGGGCGUCUCCCUGAAAGUUCCG